AUUUUGGUAUGCCCAAAAUCAGGGUUCUUAAAAAAACAAGUAAGCAUAAACUGAAAACCUAGUUCUAUCGCCAGGCGCAAAUUCUACAAUUACAGAAAUUCUGAAACUAGGGAUGCAGAAAGCAACCAACAAAUCUGAAGAUUCCACUUGCUUACCUGUUUUUCUGAAACUUCAGUAGAACUCAGUAUUAAUUUGAACUGAUUUAGAAUUUGUCAACAAAAUGGAAAUUUGAAAGCUAGUUUAUUUAAAGUUGGUCAAGUGGGGGUGAAAAUGAUAACAUCAAAAGCACAAACUGGUAUCAAUUGUUGGAUAAGAAAGCAACAAUGUCCAUGUGGAGAAAGAAAGUGCUAUAUAAGAUUUGAGGACGGCAAGAAUGAGGAAGCAUCGUCAUCAUCCGAACCCUCAGAAAUCAUAUAUGUCGAUGUUGCACCACCAUUUAUUGGACAAACAUUUGAAACUGAUGAUGAAGCUUUUGAAUAUUAUACCAAUUUUGCUAGAAAGAGUGGGUUUGCCAUUAGAAGGGAGAGCUCGAGGAGUAAUCAAGAUAGAGGUGUUUAUUCAAGAGUAUUUGUUUGUCAUCGUUAUGGACCUGAAAGACAUAGAAAAUCAGCUAAGGCUGAGCGCAAGAGAGACCGGAAAACAACCGUUUGUGGAUGUGAAUCCAAAAUGUACAUUUUGAAGAAGAUUAUUGGAGGUGUUCCUAGAUGGUCUGUUAAGCAAUUUGUUAAUGAGCAUAACCAUGAGUUGCUGGAAGAUGAUCAAGUACGUCUUCUUCCUGCGUAUCGGAAAAUUCCUGAUGCAGAUCGAGAACGCAUUUUAUUACUCCAUAAAGCUGGGUGCUCUGUCCGUCAUAUAAUGAAGGUGCUGCAAGUAGAAAAGGGAGAGGAAGAACAACUGCCAUUUAUCGAGAGGGAUGUGAGAAACUUUGUUCAGUCUUGUAAGAAGGUUGAUCGGGAAAAUGAUGUUUCAGAGCUUCUUAAUGUGUGCAAGUCUGUAAAGGAAAGAGAUGCAGACUUUGUGUAUGACUUUACAAUGGAUGAGAAUGCGAAGCUUGCAAACAUUGCAUGGGCAUAUGGAGAUUCUGUUUGUGCAUACAGAGCAUUUGGUGAUGUAGUUGUAUUUGAUGCCACGUAUCGGGAGAUCACUUAUGACAGACUUCUUGGAGUGUGGUUUGGUAUUGACAACCAUGGGAAAACCAUAUUUUUUGGAUGUGUUCUGUUGAGGGAUGAGUCUUACCAUUCUUUUUCCUGGGCAUUGCAGGCUUUUCUCCAAUUUAUGCAUGGCAGAUGCCCACAGACUAUUCUAACUGAUAUAGAUCUGGGGCUUAGGGAUGCUAUAACAAGUGUGUUGCCAAGUAGUAAGCAAGUCUUUUGCAUAUGGCAUAUUGUUUCCAAACUUUCGAGCUGGUUCUCUUUUCAACUGGGACCACAAUAUGAAGAUUUCAAGGCCGAGUUUGAUAGGUUGUAUAAUCUCGAAAGUAAAAAGGAUUUCGAGGGUCAGUGGAUCCUAAUGGUUAAUCGGUUUGGACUUGGUUCAAAUAAACACAUUGCCCUACUCUUCUCUCACCGGGCAUCAUGGGCACUACCUUACCUGAGAGGUCACUUUAUCGCCCAAAUGACAACUGCAGAAUAUUCUAAGUCCAUAGAUGCUUUCCUGAAAGGGAUCUUGAGUGCACAAACAUGUUUAGAAAGCUUCUUUGAGCAGGUUGGUAUUGUUUCCAAUUUUAGAACUCAAGCAGGGGAGCAAGAGAUGGAAGAUAUGCAUAUUAAAACUUCAAUGCCCAUUGAGGAACACGCUUCUAGUAUCCUAACACCUUAUGCCUUCAAUUUAUUACAAAAUGAAAUUGUAUUAUCCAUGCAAUGUGCAGCAUUUGAAACAGCCAAUGGAUCAUAUCUUGUGCGGCACCACAAGAGGAUGGAUGGAGGGUGUCUCGUUAGUUGGAUGCCAAAGGAUGAAAAGAUCUGUUGUUCUUGCAAACAAUUUGAAGUAUCAGGAAUUUUGUGUAGGCACAUUCUUCGGGUACUUGCACUGAAGAACUAUUUUCACCUUCCAGAAAAAUAUUUACCAAUUCGGUGGCGACGAGAAAGCUCUUUACUUCAAAGCAACACUGAUGGUUGGUCUCAAGCAUUUCAUUCCCUUACUUCAGCUUUAUAUGCCGAGUCAUCACUUUCAAAGGAGCGUGUUGAUUAUGUUCGUAAAGAACUUGUAAGGGUACUUAACGAUGUUAGAAAUAUGUCUGCAUGUGAUGGAGUUGUUUUGAAUUUGGAGUGUAAUCCACCAAUAGAUGUUAGAAUAGAUGCUGCUGCAAAUGGCAGUGAAUGCAACUCCACUUGGAAUUGAUUUUUAACCAAUAGCCAAUACAUUACUAAAAGGUAUUGAAGGGGCUAUGGAGACACAAGAUAUUGUUCAGCAAUGAAAUUCGCUUUCUUGGUUCUUAUUCGGCUUCCAUGAAGAGUUAUAAAGAUCAGAAGAAGAUGAAAGAGGUCUGGUUUUGAAUCAGUUCUUGUGAUGCCAAGUAAAUGUAUUGCACCUUAAUUGUAAGAUGGUUUCCAUUUGCGGUGUAGGAUAUUAUUGUGAAUACUUGAAAACCUUCGAUGAAAAUCUGGUCAAAUUUUAGGACCAGGAUUGUUCUGCAA